CAAGACACACACUCAACGUUUUAGGAACAGCUUCUUCCACUCCACCAUCCGACUUCUGAAUGGACAGUGAACCAACCCAAGACUUUGAAGCAUGGCUUCCCUUAAAAUAUUGGGUUCGCUUCUUCUUACAAUCUUUGUGAUUGGAAAAUGUUCCGCUAUGUCUGGUGACAUUUCUAACUUCCUCGAGGGAGUUGUGAAUGCACAUGCAUUUUCGACUGAACAGAAACUGGAAAUUCAGAAUUUAAAGAACAGCAAAAAUGGACGUGUGCGACUUCAGCAAGACUGCAGGCCAUUGAGCCGUUUCGUGAAUCAGCCCAGUGGAAUCUAUGCCAUUAAGCCCAAGAACAGUUCACCCCUGUUGGUCUACUGCGAUAUGGAAACUGAAAACGGUGGAUGGAUUCUGGUGCAAAGGGUGGUGAAAGGCGGUACCAUAUCCUUCCAGAAAACAUGGUCAGAAUAUGAAAAAACUUUUGGUGAUAUAAACAGCAACUACUGGCUUGGAAAUUCAUACGUCCAUAACAUCACACAGCAAGAGCGCUAUGAGGUUAAAUUUGUCAUUGAACAUGGUAAAAACGCUGUGAAUAUUAAAUUUGACAGUUUUAAUGUUGAAGGGUCAGAAAAUAAUUACAAAUUAAGGCUGGGGGCUCCCGUCAAUAUCCACAAUGUUUCUGAUUAUCAUAGGGAAUUGCUUCAAAAUGAUAACAUGAUGUUUUCUACUCAAGAUAAGGACAAUGACGGAAAUCUUGACGGUAAUUGUGCAGUGAGUUAUGGAGGGGGGUGGUGGUUUAACAAUUGUACAUCUGUCAUAGUCAACAGCCAGCUUAUUAGAUGGGAAUCUAUUUGCAGUGACUGUGAUUCUGUCUCCAUUUUAAUUAGACCUACUACUCAAAACUGUGUAACAAACCUAAAAACUCCUAAAUAG